AAAAAGCAGAGAGAGCGAAUUUUUGUUGUUCCUGUUUCGGUCGUUUUCUUUGUUUUCUUUACACGCUCACUCUUCCGAGCAUUUUUUCUGAGAAUGUGGUGUUGCGAUCCUUCGAAACCCUAGGGGUUGGGUUGGGGUCGGUUCUCUGAGAUCGAGGGUGAGACAGAGUCUGCAAAUAGAAUGGCGUUCUGGUGGCCUUUGCUCGUUCUCGGAUUUGCUUUCGCUCUCUGUAGAUUCCUCUUGAUGCUCAUUCCGCCCAAUGUACCUUCCAUUGAUGUAGACGCUUCUGAUGUGUUGGACGAUGGAAAGACCAAGGGGAACUCUUACAUCUAUGUACCUUCAAGGGGAAGGACACCUGAGAAAGUUCAGUGUUAUGAGCCUGCAACGAUGAAAUACUUGGGAUUCUGCCCUGCUUUGCGACCUGAUGAGGUAAGAGAACAUGUGGCACAGGCAAGGAAGGCUCAGAAAAUAUGGGCUCGGAGUAGCUUCAAGCAAAGACGACAAUUUCUACGGAUACUUCUCAAAUAUAUUAUCGAACAUCAAGAGCUUAUAUGCGAGAUCUCAUCACGUGAUACUGGAAAAACAAUGGUUGAUGCUUCUUUGGGAGAAAUAAUGACAACUUGUGAGAAGAUCACCUGGCUUCUUUCAGAGGGUGAGAGGUGGUUAAAGCCUGAAUACCGGUCUACUGGAAGGUCAAUGCUUCACAAGACAGCCAAAGUGGAAUUUCAUCCCCUUGGUGUGAUUGGUGCCAUUGUCUCAUGGAACUAUCCAUUUCAUAAUAUCUUUAACCCAAUGCUGGCAGCAGUCUUUUCAGGAAAUGGUGUUGUGAUAAAGGUUUCAGAACAUGCUAGUUGGUCUGGAUGUUUCUAUUUGCGAAUAAUCCAGGCAGCCCUGGCUGCUGUUGGAGCUCCUGAAAAUCUGGUUGAUGUAAUAACAGGGUUUGCUGAAACAGGAGAAGCACUAGUGUCUUCAGUUGACAAGAUCAUAUUUGUUGGAUCACCUGGUGUGGGUAAAACGAUAAUGAGAAAUGCUUCUGAUACACUGAUCCCAGUAACACUUGAGCUUGGUGGAAAAGAUGCAUUUAUUGUGUGUGAAGAUGUAGACGUGCCUCAUGUUGCACAAAUUGCUGUUAGGGCUGCACUUCAAUCUAGUGGACAGAACUGUGCUGGGGCUGAGAGAUUUUAUGUUCAUCAGGACAUUUAUUCUAAAUUUGUUGCUGAAGUAGUCCGAAUUGUAAAAUCCGUUACUGCUGGCCCUCCACUUUCCGGAAAGUAUGACAUGGGAGCCAUAUGUAUGCAAGAGCAUUCUGAAAAGCUUCAAAACCUUGUUAAUGAAGCAUUAGACAAAGGAGCAGAAUUUGCUGGUCGUGGAAGUUUUGGCAAUUUAGGUGAAGAUGCAGUGGAUCAAUUCUUUCCUCCCACUGUGCUUGUAAAUGUAAACCACUCAAUGCAGUUGAUGCAAGAAGAGGCAUUUGGACCCAUAUUACCUAUAAUGAAAUUUAGCUCUGAUGAAGAGGUUGUCAAACUUGCAAAUGAUUCAAGAUAUGGGCUUGGGUGUGCAGUGUUUUCUGGCAGUCAGCGCCGCGCCAAAGCAAUUGCCUCUCAGAUACACUGUGGAAUGGCUGCCAUCAAUGACUUUGCAUCAACUUACAUGUGCCAGUCUUUGCCAUUUGGAGGUGUCAAAGACAGUGGAUUUGGAAGAUUUGCUGGCAUAGAAGGAUUGCGAGCUUGCUGUCUCGUAAAAUCGGUUGUGGAGGACAGGUGGUGGCCAUUCAUCAAAACUAAGAUUCCCAAGCCUAUUCAGUAUCCUGUAGCGGACAAUGGUUUUGAGUUCCAGGAGUCACUUGUAGAGGCGCUUUAUGGCUUGAAUGUGUGGGAUCGUUUACGAGCAUUGGUCCAUGUCCUAAAGAUGCUUACAGAACAGAACACCCCUAGCAACAGCACCAAGAGAAAAAAUGACUGAGCAUGAGGCCCAAGAGUCAAGACUAAAUCACAUCUAGGGUUUUUGACUCACUAUUUAGUCAUCCUAAUGGACUGUUAUUCUCAACUUUGUGCUUGAUUUUUGUCAAUUACCAGGGAUUACAUCAUCUUCAUCUGAAGGCAUCCAGGCUGAAGGUGCUCAUGCUGCAUAACCUUUGAAUCCUCUUGCACAAGGAAACCUUCAAUGUGAAUGAAUGAGGAAAAUAAUUAAGAAUUUUUUAUUAAAUGGACAUAGGUAGUUGUUUAUUUUCGUU